AUGAUGAAGCUUGUCUUUCUGGCGACCCUUGCAGCGUUUCUUACGUUGGCGGAUGCCAGUGAUGGUUCCAUUGUCGACUCCAUCGAAGAACGAAAGUUAGCUGGGACAACGUGCACUACUAAGAAUUUGGACUUUAGCGAAUUUGCUGCCGGAACCUACUUGAGUAACUUGGAGGCUGCCUAUGGGGUGACUAUCACUGCCGUUUCCCGUACAAGCAAGGGCUACACACCCAACGGAGCCGCCCGUGUUUUCGACACAUCCAAGCCCACCGGUGCAACGGGACAAUCAAUGUGCUCCUCUGGUGACGGUGACUCUGAUCUCGGAUCACCCAACUCCGCUUGUCCCGGAGGUGGACCAGGUCACGGACCUGGAGGUGCACCAAAACUCGCCAACGGACAGAACAAUCCUUAUAAGAACUGCUCGCCCCAAGGCAAAGUACUCAUCAUUCAAGAAGGCAACAAAAAUUGUCCCGACGACAGUGCGGACGGUGGUACUAUCCGCUUCGACUUCUCCAAAACAGUGGACCUCGAGUCGGUGACGUCCUUGGAUAUUGACGAGGGCAGCACUCCCGAAAUCACCGUCUCGUACGGCAACGGCCAGGAGGCUUUUUAUAAGCUUCAGGCUACGGGCGAUAACGGUGUUUUUACGCAAACGAUCAACAAGAGUGACGUCAAGUGGUUCCAGAUCAAGUUCUACGGCUCGGGAUCCGUAUCAGGCUUCAAGUGGGAUGAGUGUGUCACAGCCCCAACGAAAGCCCCCACGAAAAGCCCCACAAAGGCUCCGAUACCGGCCCAAACCAGAGAUGAUACUUGUCCAACCAAGAACUUGGACUUCAGUGAAUUUGCCACCGGAACCUACUUGAGCAACUUGGAGGCUGACUAUGGGGUGACUAUCACUGCCGUUUCCCGUACAAACAAAGGGUACACACCCAAUGGAGCUGCCCGUGUUUUCGACACAUCCAAGCCCACCGGUGCAACGGGACAGUCAAUGUGCUCCUCCAGCGAUGGGGACCCAGAUCUCGGAUCACCCAACUCCGCUUGUCCCGGAGGUGGACCAGGUCACGGACCUGGAGGUGCGCCAAAACUCUCAAACGGUCAAAACAAUCCUUACAAGAACUGCUCGCCCCAAGGCAAAGUACUCAUCAUUCAAGAAGGUAACAAAAAUUGUCCCGACGACAGUGCGGACGGUGGUACUAUCCGCUUCGACUUCUCCAAAACAGUGGACCUCGAAUCGGUGACGUCCUUGGAUAUUGACGAGGGCAGCACUCCCGAAAUCACCGUCUCGUACGGCAACGGCCAGGAGGCUUUUUAUAAGCUACCGGCUACGGGCGACAACGGCGUUUUCACGCAAAUGAUCAACAAAGGUGACGUCAGGUGGUUCCAGAUUAAGUUCUACGGCUCAGGAUCCGUAUCAGGCUUCAAAUGGGCCGAGUGCGUCCCAGCCCCAACGAAAGCCCCUGCCAAAGCUCCGACAAAAGCUCCUGUCAAAACUCCGACGAAAGCCCCAGUAAAAGCUCCAACGAAAGCCCCAGUAAAAGCUCCAACGAAAGCCCCGACUAAAGCUCCAACGAAAGCCCCAGUAAAAGCUCCAACGAAAGCCCCAACCAAAGCUCCCACGAAAGCCCCAACCAAAGCUCCAGCGAAUGCUCCAACGAAAGCUCCAACAAAAGCCCCUGUAAAGGCUCCGACGAAAGCUCCAGUGACAGCUCCAACAAAGGCUCCUGUCAAAGCGCCGACCAAGGCGCCAACCGGUACCCGCGAUGAAAUAUGUGUCGACGAAGUCCUCGACUUUACUGACUUUUCUACAGGCGAGUACGUCCAUGACCUGGUACGAUCUCGCGGCGUUACAGUGACAGCAAUUGCAUCCGGAAGCGACGGAUACACCCCCGGCGGUGCGGCUCGCAUUUUCGACACUCGCUACCCUUCCGGCAGCACUGGACAAGCGCUCUGCGCCCAGAACGAAGGUGAAACAACUCUCGGGUCACCCAACCUUUCGUGCCCCGGCGGUGGAUCCGGAUCGGGUAACGGAGGCAAAGUCAACACGCCCUUCGCCAACUGCGACGCUCGUGGUAAGGGUCUCAUCAUUCAAGAAGGAAACGUGGCCUGUCCUGAACACGCUGGACAAGGCGGAAAAAUUGUGUUUGAGUUUGCGGUACCGGUUGAGCUCAACUACAUCGAUUUGCUGGUUAGCACCGACUCCAGUCCGGUAAUUACGGUGUACUACGGCGUAGACCAAUCCAUUUCGUUUGAUAUGCCGGUGAUCGGCGCCAAUGGCUACCGUCGACAAGUGAUCGAUCGAUCGCAGGUUUACAAGGUCGAGGUGGGCUUCUGUAGUGGAGGUACCGUCACUGCCAUUGACUACAUUCGUUGCGAGCCUGAAGAGGAAUGUCCACCGAGCACUGGUUCAGUCAAACCCCUCCCUCCGAUCGAAGUGCAUCUUCCCCCGCCGAACAGCAAGCACAUGGUUUUUGACUUUGUUGUUAUGAAGAAUCAAGAAUCGUGUCCUCCGGAAUGGCUUCAUUAAUUUGGAGCAUGCGUUGUGAUCGACACGGGGUCGCGCAUAGUGCAGACUGUCAGAAGGCAUUUCAUAAUUUAUGUAAACACAGGUACUCAGCCU